AUGGCAGGGCGCAUACCUGAAGGUCUAAUAGAAACCAAAGAAGGCGUGGCAGGUGAUAUCAGCAAUAAUGAGCGUGUCAACUUCCAGGAUAUCAAAAUAUUGUGGACAACUUUUGCCACCAAUCGUCAAUAUUCGAGGGACAAGCUAGUGGGAAAACGACUAGAAAACCUUUUCUGGCGGAUCAUGUCCAGCGAACGUCUUCUGCGAAAUUUGAGCGGUGAGCAGAUUGCCACACAAUUCAACGCUAUCCACGAGGACGGCGAGAUCAGAACCACACCACAAAACUCGCCUAGAUCUUCGCGGAAUCUGGAAUCUAAUGCUGGGUCAGGGCCAUCGAAAGAGCCUGUACCACGGUCAAAGACCCAAAUUUCACUGCUUGGCCACGGUCUAAGUCCCCAAGUAACGAACACCAGUUCGGUGCCGUUAGGUGUUGAAUCACAAGACAUAUUUGUGGGUCCAACUACUGAAUUCGAAGAUGACGGAGAUGCACCAACUCCGACGCCUUCGAGCCCUUUGGCAAAACUAGAGAAUCCUCGCUUGAGGACACAUAACGGCAGACGAAGUUCACGAAUUUCGAAACCCACACCUAUAUUAAAGAAAUCCAGCUCUGGUAAUUCGGAUGACCUCGCUUAUGAAGCUCAAAGAUCUAGAUCUCCCAAUGAUAGAGGGCACUCAAAUUCAGGGAGGGGCAUGCCAGUACCGCAGUCCACCCGAUUCAGUGAAGAGGUGACCGUUUCUAUCCCAAAGAUUUCAGUCUCGCUGCCUAGGGCCAAACCAAGACGAAACACCAAUGAAGCCGCGCAAUUGACAAAGAAGUCAGGACCACCUUUCAUUGCAAGUACUGGUGCAAGUAAGCGAAAGCCUUUGACGGUAAGACAGAGAUCCUCGCAAUGGGCUCAUUCAAAAACUUCAAUAAGCCCUCCUUCGUCCAGGCCCGAAUUGAAGGCGAGACUGGCAACAACACCUCCUAUCCAGGAGAUUGCCACAGAAGGAGGCCAACGGUCACUGACAACGUCACAUCAAGACUGGGGAGGCGAGUCAUCGAGUGAAGACGAAGAUUCAGCAGAAAUGGACAAAGGAUCUCGAGCGCUGAGCGAACGAAACCAUCAAUCAAGAUCGUCGAAGCAGCCGUCUAUUCAACAAAGGUCUUUCACCAAUCUCUCUUCGCUUGGGGGUAAGGCUGCUGCAUCUGCAACAUCCGCUCCUUACCAUGCCUCCGGUGUGUUGAACUUCGGACAUCCGUUGUCGGCUGGGAAGGAGGCGUUUCGGCAUGAGACUGUGGCCCUUAAAAAGGCUCGGACUCUAACGGAGAGGUCCAUUUACCAAGAACAAAGAGUCAGCUUUCUUUGA